AUGCGAAUUAUAAAUAAUUUCUCAUAUCGAAUCAAGAAAAGGAAACAUAAAUUUACAGGUUCUAUUAGAACAGAAGAGUUAUUGCAUGCUGAGCUUAUGUGCGUAAAAACUGAACAAUUAAUUGCUAAAAAGCUCAACACGUUUUCAGAUAUUUGUCAAUCCUUGAAUUUAAAAUACGAUAGCGAUGGUGUUUUACGAUUAAAUAAACGUUUUCCUAAUGUACUUGUUGAACUUGAUAUCAAGCAUCCAAUCUAUAUUCAGACAUAUUCAAUGUUUACAAAAUUAUUAAUAUUAAGAGCACAUGAAAAAACAGGCCAUGCUGGAAUUAACAGUACCUUAAAUGAAAUUUUAAAGCGUUGCAUUGCGUGCAAAAAAGUACAAGGUAAAACCUUUAAAGGUCCUGAACCACCUGUUCUUCCAGAGUACCGUGUAAACAUUGAUUUUGCUUUUGCCAAUGCAGGAGUUGACUUUGCUGGACCAUUUUUCAUUAAAGAUAUAUAUGUACACCUAGAAUUGACCCCAAGAAUGGAUGUUCCUUCAGUUAUUUGUGCACUAAAACGAUUUUUUGCAAGAAGGGCUUAUGUAAAAAUGUUUAUUAACGAUAAUUUUUCUUCGUUCAAAUCAAAGGAACUAUCUAGAUUUUUAUGUCCAAAUUUAUUAAUUGUAAAUUUAUUUUACCGCUUUCCUCAUGCAUGGGGAAAGCGGUAA